ACUCGUACCCCACUGUAUCGCGGCAUUCAUUGUAUCGCGCUAUUUUUAUAACUCUGAAUAUUUCGCUUCCACUGCCACCUAGCGGUUGUUUACGUUAGUAACUCCUUACUUUCGUUUUCUUUUUGACAUAUUUCCGGCGAAAAGAUGUUCCGAGUCGCGGAACCUCAACCAAAAAAACAGCGUCUCUUGUAUGACAGAGAAAAUCUCCAGAGGGCGUAUGAGGCCACUUUGGGUGGUGUUUCUGCGUACAGAGCCUCAAGGAUGUUCGCUGUACCAGAAACAACACUUAGGGAUAGAAUUAAAGGUCGCGUUGAUGUUGAGGCAAAAGUUGGUCACGAGACCAUUUUCACAAUAGAGGAAGAAAAGAAGUUGUACGACCACGUGACCUAUAUGGCUGAAAUUGGAUUUGGGUACACCAAGAAAUCAGUACAAUAUAUGGGGAGAGAUUAUGCUGAGUCUUUGGGAAAGACAAUGAAGCCGGACCAAAAAUGCCUUAGUGACAACUGGUUUUAUGGAUUUUCCAAACGCUGGCCUGAACUGAAGUCAUCAAAACCUCAAAAACUGGAUCUUUCAAGAGCGAAAACAUCAAGAGAAACACUAAAUAAAUACUAUGAUGAACUUUUCAAUGUACUAACAGAGAACAAAAUAAUAGAUAAACCUCAGAAGAUAUUCAAUAUUGACGAAUCUGGUGUCAACAGUGAACACACCCCACCAAAAAUCAUCUGCAAAAAGGACACUGUGCCACAAAAUAUAACCUCUGCAAGAUCAUCCACAGUAACCAUAAUAGCAGCUGGUAAUGCUGCUGGUCAAAGUGUUCCACCAUAUUAUGUCUUCCCAGGACAACGCUGGAAUGAUGAAUUUUUGAAUGGAGCAUGUCCAGGGUCAGCAGGGGAGAUGUCGAAAUCUGGAUGGUCCAAUACAUCAGUGUUUUUGAACUAUCUGACGAAACAUUUCAUUGCCUAUGUUCCUACAGACAGCGAACAUCCCACACUCAUAUUGUACGAUGGUCACCGCUCACACAUUUCAUUAACAUUGGCUGAAUGGGCAAAAGCGAACAAUGUCAUCCUUUUUGUUCUGCCUCCACACUCAAGUCAUGUAACCCAGCCCCUGGAUGUAGGCAUUUUCGGGCCCUUCAAAAACAUAUACUAUCAAGAGUGUCAGCACUUCAUGAAGUUAAAUCCUGGCUUGAACAUCACCAAAUACAAUAUUGCCCAACUUACAGCAAAGCCCUAUCUGAAAGCACUUUCUCCAGAAAAUUUAAUAUCAGCAUUCAAGAAGACUGGAAUAUCACCAUACAACAAAUUAGCAAUUAGUGACUCCCAGAUAGCACCAUCUACAAUAUUUGAUCAACCGGAUAUAACCAUGGAAUCAACAACACCAAGUGAAGGAACACCAAACCUGAUGCAGAAUGCUGGUGAUGCAAAACAAGCUUCUGAAUAUCCAGCUGUUGAUUUCUUUUCCAAAAAGACAAUCACUCAGGCAGUUAAGCCCAAGCCUAAAAGAUUUGUGCCUCCAUUUAAAGUAACAGGCAACAUGAUGGACGAAAAGAAUGUUCAGCAGCUAACAGCUGCAGCCCACACAUCAGCAGUCGCUCGUGAUCCUGAAGUUAAAGAAAAGGACACACAAAAGGCACCUAUACCAAGUACAUCUGGACUCAGCAAACAACAAGUGCCCAUUUUGAGUCCUGAGGAUGCGAACAGCGAUGAGGACAUUGAGACCGACUCUGAAUCAUGUUGCGUUUGCAAUAGUUUUGAGCCUGCAGGCAUUGACAAUUUCCCAUACAUAACAUUGGUUACAUGGGGAAAAUGUGACAAAUGCCCACAUUGGACUCAUUUGAAAUUAUGUACACAUGUGAGAGUAAUACGAAGGGACACUGAAUUUCUGUGUCCACAUUGUGAAUAAACAUGUUUACAGUCUUAUGAUUGAACACACAGAUUAAUUCUCUGUGUAAAAGUUAAAACUGAUUAAAAAUCUUAUUUUUGAUAAAAUUGUGAUUUACACUGUUUAUAAUGAUAACAAAAUAUGUUAUGUACCCUAUUAAAUUUUUUUAUGGCAAUUGUUGCCCACCAUACUUGAAAAAUUUUCCUUUUGUAAAAUUAGCGCGAUAUAAUGGAGUGACCUAGAUUUCACGGACGAUUUGACAGGUUAUGACCUUUCUUCUUUAACGUCUCUAAUUCUCACACCAAAGUAAAAUAAAUGCGCUUGUUUUGUGAAAUAAUGAUUUUUUUAGGGAUUGGAUAUAAACUUUAGGUAAUAUAUCGGCUUUUUUGCAAGCAAGUAAUUGAUUUUCGACAAGUACCGCGAUACAGUGGGGUCCCAU